GUAUUCCUGUGGGCGAAAUGAUUGUUGUUUUCAAUGCCCGGCCACUUACUGACAAUAAGAAGUCCUUAAGAGAUUAUGGGGUAAAGGAUGGCGAACUGGUGUUGGUCAUCCGAGGAGAUGUACUGUUACAGAGGGCUGCAGAACAUCUCCAGCAGCAGCAACAAAGAAGACAACAAAACCAAGAAACACCUAUGGAAAUUAACCAGAUUGACUUCAGUUCCAUACGCUUGCCUUCUGGUACAGCCCAACCUGUGUCCGACAACUCAUCAGCUGUAGGUCAUGGCACCAAUAGCCAAGGCAGUGGACAAGACGAUCCUGCUGUUAUCCGAGACAUGCUUCUUGCCAACCCAGAACAGCUAGCUCUCUUGAGGGCACAACAACCCUAGACUGGCAGAAGCUCUGACUAGUGGUGAUUUAGAAAAGUUUGCUUCUGUUUUAAAGGAACAGCAGGAAAUCAGGAGGGAUCGAGAACGCCAGAGGAUUCGGUUGCUCACAGCUGAUCCCUUCGACAUGGAAGCUCAGCGUCUCAUUGCAAACGAGAUCCAGCAAGAGAACAUCAAUGCCAAUAUGAAGCAGCAAUGGAGUACAACCCUGAAAGUAUUUUUUGGGAGUGUUCAUAUGCUGUAUAUUAACUGCAAACGUGAAUGGUCAUAAUGUCAAGGCCUUCAUUGAUUCAGGUAAGAGGAAAUCAUGGAAGAAGCUUCUGUGGAAUUUUUCCCACUAGUAUUGGAGAUGCAGUGGUACCUCGGCUCAUGAACAAAUCAGGUUACGAAGCAAUGUAAAGAAAUUUUUGUUCCAGUUCGCGAACCGUGCUUCAAGCCACGACCUAAUUACAAUAGGCUAACCUCUUUUCCUCCUCUUUAUCUAUCCAAUUUUCUAGUUAGACUAACCCCUUUUCCUCCAUCUCCUUAUCUAUCCCAUCUUCUAGUUAAGUUAAAAAAAAAGUAAAAGAGAAAGCUAAAAGUAUUGUUGUUAGUAAUAUUAUGCAUGUGUAAAUGCAUACAGCCAGAAACAGCGGUUUUUUAUGAACACCUGAAUCUGAUAACAUCAGUGGUUUGCUUGCAUUUCAACCAUCUUACAGUAGUAAAAAAUAACCGUAGGUUAUGUUACAAGUGACGGUAAGUAGAAUAGGACUGAUAUAUUUUUACACUACUAUAUCCUUAUUUGCUAUGGAGAAAAAAAUUGGCAAGGGCAUAUACUGCUAAAUUUAAGCUGCAAGUUGUAGUUGAAGCUGAGGAAAGAAAGUUCAUCUGCUACGACUAUUAUCAUGCAUUGGCAACAUGGAUGAAACUCCCACGGACUUUGGUAUAGUACCAUCAAACUCGACUGGAAACAAAAUAUGAGAGAAAUGUGUUUUAAUUAAGCUAUUUGGCAUGAAAGAACAUAUUUUACUUUUUGUUCAUGAAACUUACCUGUCAUAUAUAUAUAUAUAGCUGUAUUUUCUGAAGUCCGACAGAAUUUUAAA